AUGGCGGACACUUCGGGCGCCCGCUUCGCCAAGUGCCGCUUCCUGGGCGGCUUCGUCUGUGGGGCUGCGCUGGGCGCCGUCGCCUCCGGCCUGGUCGCGCUACGGCUCCUCCGUAGCCAGCCCGGCCCCGCGCCGGCGGCCCUUCGCGAGCGGCCGCAGGAACCAGUGGAAGAGUCUCUGCUGGAACAGUAUGGAUUCCCUGUAGCUGGAACAGAGACCAGAAGUUACACAAAUCAUGCACUGUCUUAUGAUCAGGCAAAACGAGUACCUAGAUGGGUGAUUGAACAUAUUUCAAAACACAAGACACUGGGCAACGCAGAUCGAAGGCACUGCAAAUUCAGACCAGAUCCUAGUAUCCCUCUCAUGUUUAGUGCUGUCAAUGAAGACUACAUUGGGAGCGGGUGGUCGCGAGGACAUAUGGCACCAGCAGGAGAUAACAAAUUUUCAAUACAAGCUAUGGCCGAAACAUUUUACCUGUCCAACAUUGUGCCCCAGAAUUACAAGAAUAAUGCUGGAUUCUGGAACAGAAUGGAAAUGUAUUGUCGGGAGCUGACAGAGAGAUUUGAGGAUGUUUGGAUAGUUUCUGGACCUUUGACCUUGCCUCAGACAGGGGAUGAUGGAAAGAAAAGAGUUACCUAUCAGGUAAUCGGCAAGGGCGAUGUGGCUGUGCCAUCACAUCUCUACAAGGUGAUUCUCGCCAGGCGAAGCAGAAUGUCCUCAGAGCCCCUGGUGCUGGGGGCCUUUGUGGUGCCCAACGAUCCCAUCGGCUUCAGUCACCAGCUACCUGAAUUUCAAGUGCAUAUUGAAGACCUGGAGAAAAUGUCAGGAUUGCUUUUCUUCCCACAAGUGGACAAAACCAAAGAUGUUAAAAAUAUCUGUGAUGUAGACACCUGUAAACUGAUGGGGUUUGAUGAGUUUACGUUGUACAUCACCGCCCGGAAAGUUCACAGUGCCAGAACACUGCACAGGCUGGAAAAGGUCAUGUCAGAGUUAAGGGAGACGGGAAUUGAGCCUGACGAAUAUCUAGUGAAGCUUUACAAGAAGAAGGAGGAAGAACUAGUGCAGCAAAAGCAAAUGGAAGCUAGAGAAGGGAGAGCUGGUUGA